UGUUCAGCGAUUGUUUUCAUCCUUUUACAUAUAUAGCAAAAUUAAAAUGAAGUUGUUAGUAGCUUGCAUUGCACUGUUUUUUAGUUUCACUACAGUCCCUCAGGCCUUAGCAAGUAAUUUCUCAAUCGACCACCUAUGAUAAUAUGCAGAUCGUAUUACAAUGGGCACCCACAUUCUGUGGUAGGAGGAAUGAUUGGAUACCCAAAACGUUUCACCUUGCAUGGCCUUUGGCCGGCAAACAGUACUGGAUAUAGUCUAAAAUGUGCUCCACCUCCAGAGGGUACCAGCGUGUGGACAACAGACGGACAGUUACGGACAGCUCUUCAAAAAUGUUGGUAUAGUCUGAUCCGGGGUCGUCCCAAUUACAUACUGUGGAAACAUGAAUGGAAGGAUUAUGGCUAUUGCUCUAGUCAUACAAUAAAAGAUACUGACUACUUCUGGGCUGCAGUACGAAAGCAUGGAAGAAACACCAAGAUUGCGGGCGAUGCGAUUGUUAACGAAUUGAGUGAUGCAGAAAUCAGUCCGUCAAAUGAUAAGGUUAACAAAAAGAGUGCAAUAACGAGUGCCUUGUCUGAAAUUCUGGACUUUAAUAACCAAGUGGAUGCUGAAAGGAGAUGCGAGACUGAAAGCGAUAGCAGCCAUCACUACCAACAUUCUGAACACCAUCAACGAAGAUGGCUGGGAAGACGACGAGAAUGCGACACCAAACGGUACUCCCAGGCAAAGUAUAUCACCUCCCCUCACGAAAGCGUGACGGCUUCACGCGAAAAGAGAGCAUCCACAUCCACAAUUGAGGAAGCACCACCAGCAGUGAAGAAACUAUUAUUAGAGUGGCUGACAAGCACUAUAAACAAUAUAUUCGACAAACCUGCCCAAAAGGAGAAUGGCAACACCGCACAAGCAGAUAUCGUAACAACUACUGGCGAGCAGCCUCUUCCUCGGACAGGUAACACUUACCCCACUAUGGACGCAGGUAACGAUGCGCUCGCAACCGUCCCAAAGAAAACAGAAGAAAUGGAAAACGAAAAAAGGCGUUUCGCGACCAGAUGA